GUUGUACAGGAGUACGAAAAAGCAGUCAUCUUCAGGCUCGGUCGGGUGGUUUCCGGAGGUGCUAAAGGACCAGGGCUCUUCUGCCUGUACCCUUGUAUAGACGAGUUUAGGAAGGUGGACAUGCGCACGCUUACUUUUGACGUCCCCCCUCAGGAGAUCUUAUCGAAGGAUUCGGUGACGGUGUCGGUGGACGCCGUCAUCUACUGUUAUGUAUUUGACGCUGUGAUGUCGGUCUGUAAUGUACAGGACGCUUUCGAAUCAACAAAACUUUUAGCCGCCACGACUCUGAGGAACGUCCUCGGCACAAAGAAUAUGGCCGAGAUGUUGUCAGACCGAGACUCUAUCUCGCGACACAUGAAGCAACUUUUGGACAAUUCGACAAAACCCUGGGGCGUGACAGUAGACCGUGUUGAAAUAAAGGAUGUGAGGCUUCCACACCAGUUACAGAGAGCUAUGGCGGCGGAGGCUGAGGCGUCCCGACAAGCUAGGGCAAAGGUGAUAGCUGCAGAGGGGGAACAAAAUUCGUCCCGAGCUCUGAAGGAAGCAUCCGACAUCAUCGCGCAAUCCCCAGCCGCCAUUCAGCUCCGGUAUUUACAAACACUCAACGUCAUCGCAAGUGAAAAAAACUCCACCAUCGUUUUCCCACUUCCGGUUGAUAUUAUCAGCAGCCUCGUCGACAAGUGAAAUUACUGGCUUCAUGUCCCGGAACUGUUUUUCAUUGAACUUUAUUUGAUUUUAGUUUUCACCAUAAAAUGAGAUGUAGUUAUUUUUGGAUGAGUUUUUUUUUACAUUGUAUCACUAGGGUAUGUAUGUAGCGAUCAUUCCAGGGAUUCACACAAGGCUUUGAUGUAAAGUAGGGAGUAGAAUAUCACCUGUAGUUUUAUACAUUUAUCGAUCGUAUACAUUGUGUUUAUACCUGGGAAAGGAUCCCUAGCCACACCCACGAGUUCCUAGAUCUAAUUUUGAUCCCUAGUCCCACCCACGAUUUCCUAGACCUUGUUUUGGUUCCAGCCCCACUCACGAGUUCCUAGACCUGGUUUUGGUUCCAGCCCCACCCACGAGUUCCUAGAUCAAUUUUUAACCCUAGCCCCACUCACAAGUUCCUACAUCUAAUUUUUAACCCUAGCCCCACCCACGAGUUCCAAGAUCUAAUUAUUAACCCUAGCCCCACCCACGAGUUCCAAGAUCUAAUAAUUAACCCUAGCCCCACCCACGAGUUCAUACAUCAUUUUUUUUAUCCCUAGCCCAACCCACGAGUACCUACAUCUAAUUUUGAUUCCUAGCACCACCAUUUAACUCUUAUAUCUUAUUUUGAUCUGUGACAUCACACACGAGUUCAAACAAGGUCUAUAUUGUUUCGUCUUUUUUAAAAUUUCUUAACUCGAUCGAUUGAGCUUGAGCAAAGUCGAUGAGAGGACCCCGAGUUCGAUCCCUAGGGGAGCGCAUUACAGUCUCUGUUACAUAUCAUUAAAAUCAUAUUUAAAGAU